AUGCUCACACCUUUCCCUAGAGGCUAUAAGAAUAUCAUAUUUUCUACUUUUUCAGGGGAAGACUCCGAGAACGCGGCAACUCAUCUAGCCAGGUUCAAGGUGCAAUGUGGCCAGUACCAGAAUGAUGACAGCCUCAAGUGCAAAAUCUUUGGCACUUUUUUGUCUGGAGCUGCUUUUACAUGGUUCUCUAAACUCCGCCUAGGGUUGGUGGCAAAUUGGCCAGCAAUAGAGAAACUCUUUAGAGAGACUUUCGGAGCUAUAGAGCCUGAGUUUGAUUUGGCUUCCCUUACCCAGAUGUCCCAACAGCCUACUGACUCUACGAUUGCUUAUCUCCAAAGGUUCCAGAUUCAGAAGGCUAAACUGAACAUGGUUCUGCCAGAAAGAGAAUUGGCUAAGCUGGCAAUCAAGGGCUUGGAGUCGCGCCAGCGAAAGAAGCAGCAUGGUAGCAUGAUACAGUCAAUGGGCGAGCUUAUUACUGAGGAUGACGAUGAGGAAGAGGAGAAUGAUGUUUCCGCUUUUGAGCUGACAGGAAGAAAGAAGCUCGCCUUGAAACAGUUGAAAAAAACCAAGGAACCAGUCAAGCUCAAGUCCGUAGCCUUCACCCCUAAACUUCAGUUCGCAACGUAUACCUAUGACGCCAAUAAAGUGCAUGAGAUAUUAGAUGAAAUGAUAGCCGCGAAGAUGCUGAAGGACCAGAUUCAGGUAUGGCUCAAUAAUGGAAGUCUGCAAGUGGAGACUCCGGCGACCGCAGCAGGGCUGGUUGAUUUAAAUCCCUUCCCUAACACUGGGGUCAAUAUGGUGUAUGUAGCUUGGACCACGAAGGGCCAGAGGAGGCCAACCCUGGACAUGACAACCAGAGGUCAAGAAGAAAAGAAUGAAGAGGAACAGGUCCCAGCAAAGAAAAGGGACAGGCCUAUUAGCGAAGCCUCAUCAGCGGUCUUAUGUUCGCGAUGCAAGGAAGAAUGUGGCAUCUAG